GAGCGUCAGCUCGGACAGCUCCAUGGGGCCGUCGUAGCUGCGCGCCAGGCUGCCAUUGGACUGCGACAGGGACGCCGUCUCCUUGGUGACUGACGCGCGGCGAGCGCCCAGCGCAGGGCGAGACGUGGCAGCGACGCUCUGCAGGCUUGUGUUGCUGCUUGCCGACGCCAGCGGCGUGCGCUGCGGGCCUGACAUGUCGGCGCGCGAGCUGCUGCGCGAGACCGGCGUCGCACUGGAGAUGCUCUCGCGGCGUGCCGCACGCGCGACGCUGGCUGCAGACGGCGCGUGGACCUUGGGCGUGCCCUCGUCGACACGCGUCAUCGACGAGCUGCUGGUGACGGAUGACGGGCGCGAGACGGAUUUCCUGCUGCUGCCCGCCUCUGGCUUGACGACGACGGAGAUGCACCGUGCAGACGGCCGGGCUGUCGGCGGGCCCAUGGCUCCGACUGGCGACGUGCUCGCUUGCGGCGCCACCGGAUCGCUCGCGACCACGCUGGUGCUGCUGCGGGUAGCGACGCUGCGUCGCACCGGAUGCUGCGCAGGGUCCGUCGUCAGGCGCCGCCGCGUGCCCUUGAACGCAGCCGGGCCGCGCUCGAGCACGGGCAAGUCGUCGCCUGACUCUGACUCUUCGGCAGCCGACUGGCUCGCCCGUGUGUGCUGCGCCUGCGAUGCGGGCGUAGCACUCGAAAUGCGAGGCGUGUUGCGCUUCAGCAGGCUGAGCUCUUGUUGCUUGGCAGAUCUGAGAAGGCGAAGCAAGUCAGCGCAGAAGCGCAGCCGCGCGGCGAGGGUCACUCACAGGGCGAUGCUAUAGUUGGUGUUGUCCUCCUCGAGCCGCUCCUUGGCCUUGUUGAGCUUGCUGAUGGCGAAGCUCGCGUCGGACGCCUGGCCAUCGAGCACCUUGUUGCGCGCACGCAGCUCCUCCAACUCUGCCUCAAGCGCAGCCAGCCGAGCUUGCAUCUCAUCGGCGAGGUGCAGAGCCUCGUUCCUUGCGGCCUCGGCC